AUGGCUGCACCGGCAGUAGACGCCAGCUAUCUGGCCGCGUCGUAUUCCGUACCCGAGACGACAUUCCAAUCGCUGCUCUCUGACCCCACGGUCGAGCUCGUGCAGUCGCUCCUCGUGCAAAUCGAGGCCAAAGCACGCGAGUACGAUGACCUCAGGUCUGACAAGAUCAAGGUCGAUGUCGAGCUCGAAGCCGCUGUGCAGAGUGGAGAUGCUCGCGCGCGCACUCUGAAGGCAUCCGCCGACAAGGCGCAGAAAGAAGUGGAGCAGCUGCAGCAAAAGCUGGCGCGGGAAGAACUGGCCCGCCAACAGAUCGAGAAGGAGCUGAACGACCUCAAGAACUCGUCGACCAGCUCUGCUUCGGAAGUGCAGGCACUUCAGUCCCGCAUCAAGACGCUCGAGUCUCAGAACCGUGACACUCUGGCCAUGCACGAAGCCAAGGGCGUGGCUCACGACCGCCUCGCGAAAGAACUUUCAGAUCAGCACCAGAAGUUUGUUGAUCUGCGCAAGCAAGUCUCUGCCCUCGAGGAGAGCAAGCAGUCGCUCGAGAACGCCGCCGCCAAUGUCAAGUUUCGAGAGACCAACUUCCAGCAGGAGAUUGAGCUCUUGCGCAAGAACAACGAGUGGUUUGAAGGCGAACUCAAGACUCGUUCUGAAGACCAGACAAAGUAUCGCAAGGAGAAGAAUGCGCAGGUGGCCGAGCUGCAGCGUGCUAACGCAGAGGCAUCCGAGACGAUCGACACCCUCCGCCGAACAGAAACGUCAUUGCGCCAACAUAUCGAGAAGAUUGAGCAAAAGGCCGACGAAUCACGCGCACGAAUCGAACAGCUCGAGGAUGAGGCAACACAGAACCAGUCUUCUUUUCGCAAUGAGCUUGAUAGCGCACGUCGACUUGCAACACUCCACCAAGAGAGCGCUGAGCUUGUCAAAGGUCGCCUGCAGCAACUUCAGGCUGAGCUGGCUCAAUUGAGCGACAACGCUGCCCUCGAGAUUGGCCAGCUCCAGGCUGAAGUCGAGUCGGAGCGCAAUAAGGUGGCCGAGGCUGAAGGCCGCAUUGCAGAGCUGGAGACUGGGCAAGAGAACCUGCUUGCUCAAAUUUCUGAGCUCGAGAACGCUGCCCGCAUGCCUGCCACACCUCGACGGCCCAUGAACAGCGCGUUCGAGACGCCCGGCAGGGCUGGUUCACCUGCCGUCUUUUCGCCAGGAGGCUCGCGUCUGAAGGGUGGCAUGUCGGUCACACAUUUGUACUCGGAGAACAUGCAGUUGAAAUCGGAGAUCCGCACGCUGCGCGAGAAGAGCGAAGAGAAGGAUGCAACGCUGGCCGAGAUGCUCGAGUCGCUAGAGCAGGCACAGCCCGAAAUUGAAGAGCUUCGCCGUGAGAACGAGAUGUUGACAAACCAGACCACCGAAAUCAGCGCCCUUCUAGAUGAAGCCACAGCAGAUCGAGAAGCUGCCCGUAAGGAUGUUCGCAAGGCUGUUGGUGAUCUGGAAGGCACUUAUCGCGAAUGCACAACGCUUCGUCAGCAGCUCCAGGAUACCGUCACUCAGAUGCAGCUCCUGCUCUGGCGUCAAGAAGCAAGCGAGAGGGGCAUGGAGUCGCUCACACCGGAGCAACAGGAGCGUGUCCUGCACGCCGCACAACACAAUAACGAGAUGCCAGAUAAUCAAAUCGAGGAAAACACGGCGACUGGUCACCUUAUUGCCAAGCACCUGCUGCUUUUUACGGAUAUUCAAUCAUGUUCGCAGAAGAACCAAGAACUUCUGGCAGCCAUCCGAUCCGUAGCUGAGUCCCAUGAGGGACAGGAGGCUCGAGACAAAGCUGAGCAACAUAAGAAGGAUGAGGAAGAAUUGGGACAGUUGCGAGGGAAAUUGGCUGAUCAGGAAGAGCAAAUCAGAUCACUUGAUCUUCGACUCAAGAGCGUAACGAAAGAACGCGAGAUGUACCGUCGCAUCACCACCAGCCGCGGACACCAGCUCAAUGCUGAUGGCACUCCUGACUUUGGACAGUCCUUCGACAGUCGGGCUGCAUUCGCGACACCGCCACCCGGAGGCUCUUUCAACAUGGACCAGACGCCUCAUAGCAAAGAGGUUGCUGGAUACGAGAAGCUAAUCAAAGAUCUGCAAUCUCACCUAGAUUUGUUGAGAGAGGAGAACGCUACGGAUCGUGCUACGCUCAAGCAGCAGGUUGACAGUCUUACCAAGGAGAGCAACCAGCUCCAGAGUGACAAGCUGCGACUCGACAACCAGGUCCGACGCGAGCAGGAUCGGUAUACUCAUCUUGAGGGCAAUAUGAAGCUGCUUCAGUCCGAAAAGACGACUCUGCAGGAGCGCUACGCUUCCAUUCAAGAUGCGCUCGCGAAGCAGGAUGAGAAGGUCGACAAGGCGCAACAAGAAGCUCUCGACGCUGCAGCGCGAGCUGAGGGGUUGGAUCGCGAGAUCGUUAACCUGAAGGCUUCGCAGACCAUGUGGAAGACUAUUGAGGCACGCCUCACAGAACGCAACAAGGAGCUCACGGACGAGCGAGAUCGCCUUAGCAAGAUGGUCACUGAUGUACAGAGUCUUCGCAACGAACAGGAGCUGUCCAACGCUGAAAACCGUCGCCGACUUCAGGAUCGGGUUGACGCGCUUGAAGCAGAGCUAAGCAUCACUCAACGAAAGCUGGAGGAUGAAAUUGCUGAGCACAAGAAGACAACACAACAGCGUGACUAUGAGCGAACCGAUGCCCAGCGCCGUAUUGAUGAUUUCAUCAAAGCUAAAAACGAGGCUGAUGUCAAGUUCGCUUCAGCUAACACCGCACGACAACAACUUGAGCAGCGUGUCACCGAACUUCAGUCUCAGCUCCAGUCUGCUGAAGAACGCGCACAAGCUCUUCGCCCACGUCAGACCAACCGAGCGGACGAGGACAACGAAGAUGCAACAAAUCGUGAAGAAGAAUUGGAGGCACAAGUUACGGAACUCCAGCGCAAGAUUGAGCGCAAGCAAGAGGAUCUUGAAGUUGCGAACGGUCAAAUCGAGACUUUCCAAGCAAUUGCUCAAGAAGCUGAGGACCAGCUUCGCAGCCAAUUAGAGACCCACGAACAGUACGAGCAGGAGAUGAAUGCAGCACAACAGGAGAAGGACGCAACCAUUGCCGACUUACAGCAACGUGUUGACGAGAUCUCUUCCGAACUUGCAACAUCCAACACCGAGCUCACUGAGCUCCGUGGUCAGCAUGAGCAAGAAACCCUGCGCCUCACUCAGCAGAAGGAUGCUUUGGAGACAGAAAUCGCUCGUCUCAAGGGCGAUGUUACAGACUACAAGGCGGAAGUGGACAACCAGGCACAGUUGGUAGCUUCGCAGGCGGAGAUCGCAACGCGUGCUCAGCAAGACUACGAGCACGAGCUCGCAAAGCACGGCGAGACUAUGAAGAGUCUCCGUGUUCUUCGCGACGAGCACAAUCAACUCAAGAUGGAGAUUGCGCAAUUCAAGGCUCAGGCUGAAGCCGCGCAAGCGACAUUAGCGCAAAACGAGGAGCAUUGGACGACCACUCGUGAACAAUUUGAAAGUCAAAUUGCUGAAGCCCAAAGAAAUUACGACGGGGCAAAGCAACACAACAAGACUCUUCUUCGCCAAUUCGACGACUACAAGACGCAGAUUGAGGCCCUCAAGAGCAACCGUGCCGCUGCCAGUGAUGAUGCAGCAAACACUACAUCGAACUCAAGCGGUCUCCAGGAGAUCAACGACUAUCUCCGACGCGAGAAGGAGAUUCUGGAAGUCCAGCUUAACCUUAAGGACCAAGAGGUUAAGCGACAAGAGCAGCAACUUAACCAUUUCCAGACCCAGCUCGAUCAAGCUCGCGAGAAGCUCAUUGCUGAGCAAGGAAAGGCCCAACAGGGCGGAAGUAAUCUGCAGAGCCUUCAGACCCAGGUCGAGCAGCUCAACGUCUACAGAGAGAGCACAACUACUCUACGCAACGAGAACCGUCGCAUUGAAGCACAGCUUGCGGAGAAGAACACGGAGAUGGAAUCUCUUCAUGAGCAGCUUGAGCCUCUGCAGGCCCGUGUCGCGGAGUUGGAAGGUGAGAUCGAGCUACACCUCGGUCACUUGAAGGCUGUGGAAGAGGACCGUGACCGUUGGCAGAAGCGACACCAGGACGUGCUACAGCGAUAUGACCGCAUUGAUCCAAAGGAGCUGGAAGACCUCAAACAGCAGAUCGAGACCCUACAGACGGAGCGUGACCAGGCCACCGGACAAGUCACAGAACUCAAAGAACAAGUGACUGGUCUCAACGAGAAAAUGCAGUCCACGGAGGGCACACAGGCGACUGCUAUGGAAGAGGCGGUUAACAUUGCAGUCCGGGCAGCCAAACAAGACGCGAAGGAAAGGUUUAACAAACUUCACGGAGAAAAGAUGGGAGUGGUAAGAGCGGAAGUCGCAGCCCUUACCACUGAGCGAAAUGAGCUUCAAGAGAAACUCGCAUCUGUCCAGCAAGAAUUGGACAUCGCUCGUCAACAAGCCACCUUGACGCAGUCGGAAAGCACUCAAUCGCAGGAGCAGCUAACAUCACUCCAACAACAGUUGGAGGAGUUGAAGAGCCAGCUUGCUUCAGCUCAACAAGAACUCGAAACAACAAAGACGGCCCGCGAUGAGGCUGUUGCUCGUGCAGAUGCCAGCAGCAGUGCUAACGUUGAUGUCAACAAAGGUGAAGAGGGCCAGAUUGACGAAACCAACUCCGAGCCCCUCCAGCAAGAGGCUGAACGACUCAAGAUCCGGGUGACAGAGGCUGAGAACAAGGAGAAGGCCGCUUCCAAUGCAGCUGCCGGUCUACAGGUUCAGCUUGGCUUUGCUAGGGAGAAGAUCACUGAGCUUGAGCAGAAGGAGGCUGAAGACAAGACGCGCAUCGUCAAGCUGGAGGCUGACCUCAAGGCAGCACAGUCUUCUGCACCAGCAGAGACAGAGACAGAGACGCAGACAGCUGUCGAGCCAUCAACAGCCGCGCCAUACUCUGAUGAGAUCGACAAACUCAAAGAAGAACUUGCUGCAGCACAGAAGGAAGUUGAAGAUCUCCGAACUCGAGCUGAAGCGGCGGAAGCUGCUGCCAGCAAUGCGAAGAGCGUGGCACCGACAGAGGCUCAGCCAAACAAUGAGCAGCUGGAGGCCACCAAAGCGCAACUGGAAGAGCGUGAAGCACGGGUCGCUGAACUUGAGCUCACUCUUCAGCAAAGACAGACUAUGCUUGACCAGCGUGAAACUAAAAUCGCAGGUCGAGAGAGCAAAGCUCAGGACCUUCGUGAACAAGCCAACAACAAGAUCCGGUCGAUCAGGAAGGAGACCGAUGAGGAGAAAGCGAAGCUGGCGGUCCAGCACCAGGCUGAGAUCGAUCAGCUCAAGAAACAGAUCGUGGCAAGCGCUACGACAACACCGGGUACUCCUAAGGCCCCUACGUCAGAAACACCAAUCAAGUCAGAAUCGAUCCCUUGGCCUGAUGCCAACAAAGACCAGAUCAGAGUCUGGAUGAACUCAAACAAGGAAGCGAAGGAAGUAGCCCAGAUGAUUGUGAGCAAGUAUACGGCUCCUCUGAAAUCCGAAAUUGGAGAAUUGAACAAGGAGAUCGAGACUCUCAAAUCUGCUGAGAAGCCUUCCGCAGCUGCGAACCAAGUGGACAACCAUAAUCAUGCCGCGGAUUUGGCUAUUGCUAAGGCGGAGCACGAAGUCAACCUGAAGACGGCUCUAGAGCAGAAGGAGGCUAUGAUGAACAGGCAAUCCGAACUCAAGGUCAAGCUGACGAAGGGUCAACUCUCAGCGCUCAAGGUCAAGUGGGCGGUAUUUGAAAAAGCGGCCAAGGAAACCCCAACAGAAGAGGUGGCGAAGGUAUAUGAGGAAGCAAAGAAUGCAAAAGACACCACUACUCAAACAAGCACGCCUGCAAGGCCACAAUCGGCAGCCUCAGUACAGCAGCCCGGUCUUCCUCAGCCAGGUGGCAUUCCACGGCCCCUAUCCGCGCUUGGCCAGCAGGUGCCUGUAUCUGCCCAGACAAAUGGUGCUCCCAACCCGUUCCAGCAAAGUGGUCAAAAUGCAGGCUCGAACGCGGCACUGAACCCUUUUACUCAAUCCGCGCGUGGUAUCGUGGCACCAGGGCUCGCAAACCAAGUUCAGACUGCACCUGGCCAGCAAGUCCAAACACAAAACGCUGGUCGGGGCCACGGCACUGGUCCUGCUGCUCUGAAGAGCUUAGUGGGGGCUGGUCAGACUGGUAUUCCACGUGGUGGCAGCGGUAUUCCACAGCCUGGUAGCGGUAUCCCGCAACUUGGAGGCCGUGGCGCUGGUCGUGGUCAACAACAGCAGACCGUUGCACAGAUCCAGAGCGGCAUCGCACGCGGUGGUGCUGCUGCCCGCGGUGGCCGUGGCGGAGGACGUGGACAAGGGCAGAGUCAAAAUAACAGCCCAAGAACGAGCCUCAACCCAGGUGCUUCGCAGUUCCAGCCGGGUCAGGGUGCGGGACGAGGCCAGAAGCGUAAUGCUGAUGGCGAAGCAGAGGGUAGUGGAGCACGCGGGAACAAGCGACCAAGGGGUGGUCGAGGAGGUCAGGGUGGUGGUGAAGGUGCAGGUGGUGCGCCUGCUGCUGCAGAGUAA